AGAACAACCCAUUCCUUACGAGACCUUCUCAGCCUCGAGCGAACUCAGUAGACAUGGCGAUGAUCGAGGCUUGCAUUGCUCAGGCGGUGAAAGAGGGGGUAAAGGAGGCCUUUUCCUCGUACACCCUCGAACUUCGAUUGCUUCGAGGACAGGUGGAAACCUUACAAACCGAAAUCGAAGCAUUAAAACAAUGGCGUCGCCAGGCCGAGUCCCAAUUGGGUGGUAGCACAGGCAAUUAAUAUUAUGCGGACUUCAAUUUGGAAGUCGCUUGGUGUUGGACGAUUGACUAUGAUGACUGCCAUUAUUGAUGCCCUCCCUACAUCAAUACCGUGUAUUACUGACUUCUUGUAUCGCUAUGAUGCUCAAGGAAUAUCCUGUGAAUUUUUGAGU